AUGACCAAAUCUCAACCGACUUCUGAUCAGCCUAUCUCAACUCGUAUCAUCCCUGGUUUAUCAACCACUGUUCGUCAUGAUACAUCACUUCAACCUUUAUCUGCUUCAACAUCAACUUCCAAUCAUAAUGGUCAAAUCGGAUCAAGGAAUGAAUCAGUCACUCAAAGAUUACAGCGACUUCGUUUGGAAAAUAGACGACAUCAAGCUAACCUACUUCGAUCAUCCAACUUGACUUCAACUAAUAUCAGCAGCCAUGGGUCUAUCAUACAUUCGCUUCCAAUCCGACGUCAACUGGCUGAAAACAUUCUUUCAGCUUUUGAAGAUAUCCCCUCAGUCGCUUUUCAAUCCUUCACAUCACCUAAUCAGGCCAACAAUCCUCGUCAAACAAAUAUUGCAGGGCCUCCGCCUCCAGCAUCGUGGCUUCCUACCCUCCCAGGAUCACCUCAAUUGGAUCUCGAUUUACCUGUGUCAAUUCCCAGUUCAGGUCUCGAUCCCUUACCACCUUCGCUGGUCUUCCGUCAAUCAAUUCUUCGGCGCUCUGAUUCAACUCCAAGAUUCGAAUUCUCUAGUCUGAGUGAUUCUUGUCUUCGUCGUUUGGCAUUCGAUAUGAGCUAUAUGGGUACUGGCGCAUCGUUCUGCGUGAUUCCCGAACUCAAUCAACUUCAAAGACAGCGUUUAUUCGAAUUGGCAGCCGAAUGGUCUCCUUUGGAUGAUUAUAGCUUUACAGCGUUUUUUCCUCCUUUAAUCUUAAAUGAUCCAAAGGAUCAUCAAAUCCAAGAUCCAGAUGUCAUAGAAAGUUGGGAAGAAGAAUCCGAACCCGACUUUUUGGACAAAACUCUCAAUCUCUCCUUUUGCUCCAUCACUAUCUCCUCACUCUCACGUUCUAUUUUCGCUGGUCACGUCUUACGCGCACCUUGGCUUACGACUCUGAAACUGGAUCAUACAUCUCAAAUCGUCUUAUCUACUUCUUUACUUCGUCUACUAGAAAACUUACCCCUCCUAGAGCUUAGUCUUGCGGCUCAGAAACUUGAUCCUAGUCUCUUACCUACCAUAGUGCUAAACCGACUUGCGUCUAGUACUCCUUCACUCAGAACUCUUGAUUUGAGUUUCAAUCCGGGAUGGGCAAGCUUGUACGAAGAUCACAAAAAACCUGAUGGGAUCAGUCGUGAAAUAGGGUUAGGUAGUAUUGAUUGGCAAAGGCGCUGGCCUAGUUUAGGUCGAUUGGUACUAGUUGGUAACAUGAACAUUUCUCAAAGUAAAUCAGUAAGUCAAGUAAACUGCGAUAGAAGAUCGGAUUGGCAUUCACGUGCAUUGAAAAAAUUAUUCAAGACACGACUAGAGAAAGGUGGGAAAUAUAUUGAAUGUGUUCUGUAG